AUGAGUUACCAAUCUCUCUUGCUCGCUCUAAUGGCUGAACGAGUCCAUCCCGACGACUCAUCACCUGAGAGCGGUCAAUUUUCCGGAAAUUUCAGCUCCGGCGAGUUCCCGAGAAAACCAGCUCCUCCACCAGCGACUUACGUGAUCAAAGUCCCAAAAGAUCAGAUCUACUAUGUUCCGCCGCCGGAAAGAGAACAUCUCAUCCAACGCCUCUCUCGCAAGAAAGUCAAUCGCAGUCGCUUCAGGUGCUGUCUCUGCUCAUUCCUCGCCACGAUUUUCAUCGUCAUCGUCCUCGCCGGAAUAUCUUUAGCGACUCUCUACCUCGUCUUCCGUCCCGAAUCUUCGAAAUACUCCGUCGAAGGAUUCUCGGUCUCUGGGAUCAAUUUGACGUCGUCGUCUCCGAUUUCUCCCAAAUUCAACGUCACCGUUAAGUCACGUAACGGUAACGGAAAAAUCGGGAUCUAUUACGAGAAGGGAAGCACGGUGGAUGUUUACUACAACGAUGUCGAUCUUUGUAAUGGCGCUUUGCCGACGUUUUAUCAGCCGGCGAUGAAUGUAACGGUGAUUAAGACGGCGUUAACGGGAUCGAGAAUCCAGUUAACUAGUGCUAUGCGAAAGGAAAUGCGUGAUGAGCUGAGUAAGAAAACGAUGCCGUUUAAACUGAAGAUUAAAGCGCCUGUCAAGAUUAAGGUUGGUUCCGUUAAGACGUGGACGAUAACUGUUAAAGUUAACUGCGAUGUAACGGUGGAUAAAUUGACGGCGCCGUCGAGUAUUGUGUCGGGAAAAUGCAGCCAUGACGUAGACAUAUGGUGAUAAACGUUUCUCUGCUUUAUUUUUAUUUUUUUGCUUUUAAUUUGAAAAAAAGGAAUCAACAGAAGAAAAAAGAAGACUAGAGACUCUUUGGAUUGUAGGAUUAUCGAUUCUUUUUGGUUACUGAUUUGCGUUUUAUUUUUGGAUGUUUAUUUUUGAUAAAUCAUAUAACAUUGUGCAUUUUGCGAUUGGACGAAAAAUAUUUUUCAAAUGUGGGAAAUUCCAAUUUGAACUUAUUUUAUGUGCGUUGAAAACUUCAUUUUUGUACGGUUCAAGCUCCAAUUAAAAUGUAGAGAGAGAUACAUUAAAGCGUUGUUCAUUAAUAAAAAGAAAACCGAUGCUUAGCUAUGUUAUGGAAGGAG